AUGGCUCGCCCAUCUGCGUCCCGGCCGGACUUCUACCUCAUUACCGACCAGGACACAGUCUACGAACAAGAGCUACUGCGCGACGGCAGCAGCAUCAAGCCAUGGCUUGCCUACAUCGAAUUCAAACAGCAGAGCGGGACCCUCUAUGAACAAGCCUUUGUCAUGGAGCGUGCCUGCCGACAACUGCCCCGGUCAUACAAGCUAUGGAAGAUGUAUCUCGAAUUUCGCACAGGGCACCUCAAGGGCCGCAACCCUGCUGUGUACCGCGCAGAGUACCUAAAAGUCAACGCCCUCUUCGAGCGGGCGUUGAUUCUUUUGAAUAAAAUGCCGCGCAUCUGGGAGCUAUAUCUGGCUUUCCUAUUGCAGCAGCCACUCAUUACCCAGACCCGACGAACCUUCGAUCGUGCCUUGCGAGCCCUUCCAAUCACGCAGCAUAACCGAAUUUGGAGACUUUACAAGGGCUUCGCGCGAUCGGCCUCUGGACAAACUGCUGUGAAAAUCUGGGCUCGUUACAUGCAGAUCCAUCCUGAGAAUGCUGAAGACUACAUUGAUGUUCUGGUGGAGAUGGGACAGUAUACCGACGCUGUCAAAGUCUACAUGGAUAUUCUCGACAACCCGCGGUUCCAGUCGAAAAACGGCAAGAGCAACUUCCAACUGUGGACCGAAAUGGUUGAUCUGCUUGUGUCAAAGGCCAAGAAGAUCCAAACUGGUCCCCAGGCGGGGAUUGACGUCGAUGCUAUCCUGCGAAGCGGAAUUGAGCGGUUUGCCGACCAGCGUGGAAAGCUCUGGGCUGGUCUCGCAACUUACUGGAUCACGAAGGGAAACUUUGAGAAGGCGAGAGACGUGUUUGAAGAGGGAAUCGUUACCGUUAUGACUGUCCGUGAUUUUACUCUUAUCUUCGACGCCUAUGUUGAAUUCGAGGAGUCCAUCAUUGGCAGUCUGAUGGAGUCCGCGGCUGUGCGUUCCGAGAAAGGCAAGGUGGACGAAGAAGCGGACUUUGACCUCGAUCUUCGCAUGCUUCGCUUUGAGCAAUUAAUGGAUCGCCGACCUUUCUUGGUGAAUGAUGUACUGCUGCGUCAGAACCCUAACAAUGUCAUCGAAUGGGAAAAGAGGGUAGGAUUGUGGGGUGACAAUAAGGUGGAAGCCGUCAACACCUACACAGCCGCUAUUGCUGCUAUCAAUCCAAAGAAAGCGCAUGGCAAAUUCUCAGAGCUAUGGGUCAAUUAUGCCAAGUUUUACGAAAACGGUGGAGAUUUGGACACCGCACGGGUGAUUUUCGACAAAGCCGUGAAAGUGCCUUUCAAAUCAGUCGCCGAGCUUGCUGAAACAUGGUGCGAAUGGGCAGAGAUGGAACUGCGUGCUGAGAACUUCGAUAAAGCUGUUGGAAUCAUGGCAAAGGCCACCCAGGCACCGAAGAAGUCCACAGUCGACUAUUUCGAUGAGACCUUGUCGCCCCAACAGCGAAUCCACAAGAGCUGGAAGCUCUGGAGCUUCUAUGUCGACCUUGUUGAGAGUGUAUCCUCUCUGGAGGAGACUAGGAAGGUCUAUGAGCGCAUCUUCGAAUUGCGCAUUGCGACACCUCAAACCGUCGUAAAUUAUGCCAAUCUUCUGGAAGAGAACGAUUAUUACGAGGACUCGUUCAAAAUUUACGAGCGUGGCCUGGACCUCUUCACCUAUCCCGUCGCCUUCGAGCUUUGGAAUCUGUACCUUACCAAAGCCGUCGAUCGCAAGAUCGGCAUCGAAAGACUUCGCGACUUGUUUGAACAAGCAUUGGAUGGAUGCCCGCCGAAAUUCGCCAAGCCUCUCUACUUAAUGUAUGGAAACCUGGAAGAGGAGCGUGGCCUCGCCCGGCAUGCAAUGCGCAUCUAUGAGCGUGCGACUCGCUCUUUUUCCGACGAGUACAGAUUUGAGAUGUUCGAAUUUUACAUUACAAAGUCUGCUUCAAACUUUGGCCUUACAUCGACUCGACCCAUCUACGAACGGGCGAUCGCUGCCUUGCCGGAUCAAGAAGCGAAGGAGAUGUGUCUCAAGUUUGCUGAAAUGGAACGACGACUAGGCGAGAUCGACCGUGCCCGUGCUAUCUACGGCCAUGCAUCCCAAUUCUGCGAUCCUCGCACCAAUGCGCCUUUCUGGCAAAAGUGGGAGUCGUUUGAAGUACAACACGGAAAUGAAGACACAUUUAAGGAAAUGCUACGCAUCAAAAGAAGUGUCCAGGCUCAAUACAACACCGAUGUCAACUUCAUUGCUUCCCAGGCCAUUGCCCGUAGCCAGCAGCGUAGCGAAAACGUCGAGGGCCAAGAAGGCGAUGAGACAGAUCGUGCUGAUGCAAUGGCCGCACUUGAACGUGAAGCGCGUGCUCCGAUCGGUUUCGUCGCCGCUAGCACUGGCCCCGAAGGUGGAACACGUCCUCCCCCCGGUAGCGAAGCACCGGCAGCUCCAGCCAACCCAGAUGCUAUCGACCUUGAUGACGACAUGGAUGAGUAG